AUGCUGAAGGGCUUUAUUCAGAGGAGAACUCACCAUUUGCUCAAGGCUAUUCUCCCAGAAAGCAAAGAGUUUGUUCUUCUUCUCCGAAAGAGCCCUUUGCAGCACGCCUUGUACAGAAAUUUCGUCAUGUAUGCGAAUUCUGAAAUUAGCUCAGGAAACACUUCUGUUUUCAACCCUCUGAAGGCUUUUGCUGCUUGUUCAAAGAUAUGGAAUCAUCCUGAUAUUCUUGCUAAAACGCUUGAAAGGAAACGAGAAGAGAGGAGGAAGUUAGCACAGCAGAAAGAUGGAACCGAUCAAGCUAGCGAUAGGGGUCCGUCGUGUUCUGAACGGCAGCAAGUUAAUAGCAUGACGAGUGCACCAACUUGGCCAUCGCGAUCCCAUGAAGGAACAAGCUAUCCUCCUUCAGCAUGCUAUAGUCAAGAGAUGACACCAGGGCAUCCGAUCUCAACGUGUGCUCCUAUUCCGGGGCCCAGCAAUAUAUGCAUGGACUCUACGCCUAAUAAUACGUGGAACUCGUCAUACUGUUCCAACUCUAGCCAGCCAGGUGUGAACAUUUUUGAAAGUUUAUGUGUCUCUAGCAGAUAG